AUGUCGGAUUCUAUUUCUGUCGAUGCGUUGGCUGAACAAUUCAGUCAAAUUGGGUUUGAAGAUGCUAAAGUUAAAGAAAUUACUAAAAACAAGAAAGUUUCAGAUUCAUUAUCUCAAUUAAUCUCUCAAGCUCCAAAGGAUUAUCAAUGGAAUAAAUCCACUAGAGCUCUUGUCCAUAAUUUGGCCACUUUAAUCAAAGGUUCUUCUUUAGAUAAGUCUGAAUUGAUCGUUAAUGGAAUCAUUAAUGAAGAUCUGAAAACUAAUUUACAAAUCUCUGCUGCUUUCAAAUAUAUCAAGGCAAAGGGUACUGAUGCCACUCAAGUGGAAAUGAAUGAAAAUUCUGGUGUUGGUAUUGUAGUUACAGAUGAUGAUGUUAGAAAAUCUGUUCAAAAUUAUAUUGAAGAGAAUAAAGAAGCCAUUUUGGAGCAACGUUAUAAGUUGGUUCCUGGACUUUUUGCCAAUAUCAAAAAUUUACCUGAAUUGAAAUGGGCUGAUCCUCGUAGUUUUAAACCAAUUAUUGAUGAAGAAAUCUUGAAAGUGCUGGGGCCAAAGGAUGAAAGAGAUUUAGUUAAAAAGAAACCAACUAAGGAUUCCACCAAAAAAAAUGAUAACAAAAAGAAGGUAAGUAAGGAAACCAAUAAAAAUGCAAAUGAACCUGAAAGAACAAUGUUUAAUGAAGGGUUCUUAGGUGAUUUACAUAAAGUUGGUGAAAAUCCUCAAGCUUAUCCAGAAUUGAUGGAAGAACAUUUGAAAGUCACGGGUGGUAAAGUACGUACAAGAUUCCCACCUGAACCAAAUGGAUAUUUACAUAUUGGACAUUCUAAAGCUAUCAUGGUCAAUUUUGGUUAUGCUAAAUAUCAUGAUGGUGUUUGUUAUUUACGAUUCGAUGAUACCAAUCCGGAAGCUGAAGCACCUGAAUAUUUCGAAUCCAUUAAGAGAAUGGUUCAUUGGUUAGGAUUCACACCAUGGAAAAUUACUUAUUCAAGUGAUUAUUUUGAUAAAUUAUAUGAUUUGGCUGAAUUAUUAAUAAAUAAUGGUAAAGGUUAUAUUUGUCAUUGUACCGCUGAAGAAAUUAAAAGAGGUCGUGGUAUUAAAGAAGAUGGUACACCAGGUGGUGAAAGACAUGCAUGUAAACAUCGUGACAGACCAAUUGAAGAAAAUUUGCAAGAAUUUAGAAAUAUGAGAGAUGGUAAAUAUCAACCCGGUGAAGCUAUCUUAAGAAUGAAACAAGAUUUAACAUCACCAAGUCCACAAAUGUGGGACCUUAUUGCAUACAGAGUACUGAAUGCUGCACAUCCAAGAACUGGUACUAAAUGGAAGAUUUAUCCAACAUAUGAUUUUACUCAUUGUUUGGUCGAUUCAUUUGAAAAUAUUACACAUUCUUUAUGUACCACUGAGUUUUAUCUUUCCAGAGAGAGUUAUGAAUGGUUAUGUGAUCAAGUCCAUGUAUUUAGACCAGCACAAAGAGAGUAUGGUCGUUUAAAUAUUACUGGUACAGUGCUUUCUAAGAGAAAGAUUGCUAAACUUGUUGAUGAAAAAUUUGUUAGAGGUUGGGAUGAUCCAAGAUUAUUUACAUUGGAAGCUAUUCGUAGACGUGGUGUACCACCGGGAUCUAUCUUAUCAUUCAUUAAUACCUUGGGUGUCACUACAAGUACUACUAACAUUCAAGUGGUUAGAUUUGAAAGUGCAAUUAGAAAAUAUUUAGAAGAUACUACACCAAGAUUAAUGUUUAUUCUUGAUCCAAUUGAAGUCAUUGUGGAUAAUUUAUCCGAUGAUUAUGAGGAAUUAGUCACUAUACCAUAUAGAGCUGGUACACCAGAAUUUGGUGAGAGGACUGUUCCAUUUACUAACAAAUUUUUCAUUGAAAGGUCAGAUUUCUCUGAAGUGACAGAUGAUAAAGAAUUUUUCAGAUUGACACCAAAUCAAUCUGUUGGAUUAAUUAAAGUCCCACAUACAGUUUCUUUCCAAAGUGUUGAAAAGGAUGCUUCAGGUAAGAUUACGAAGGUUCAUGUUAAAUAUGAAAAUGAACCAUUGCCCGAAGGUACCAAGGCAAUGAGACCAAAGACAUAUAUUCAAUGGGUUCCAGUGUCAUCUAAGUAUAAUUCACCAGUUAAGAUUGCUGAAACAAGGGUUUACAACCAAUUAUUCAAAUCAGAGAAUCCAUCAUCUCAUCCAGAUGGAUAUUUGAAAGAUAUUAAUGAUGAAAGUGAAAUUAUUUAUGAUAACUCUGUAGUGGAACAUAAUUUUGAUCAUGUUUUGAAGAAUGGUCCAUGGAUUGUUGAUUCUAUUAAGAAAUCAGAAUUUUAUGUUGAAGAGGAUAAAGAGGGUAAAGAAAUUAAUAGAUUCCAGGCUAUGAGAGUUGGUUAUUUCACUUUGGAUAAAGAAAGUACUAAUGAUAAGAUUAUCUUGAAUAGAAUUGUUAGUCUUAAGGAGAGUUCGAAGUAA